AUGCGUGAGUGUAUCUCUGUUCAUGUUGGCCAGGCUGGCGUGCAGAUUGGUAAUGGAUGCUGGGAGCUGUAUUGUCUGGAACAUGGCAUACAACCAGAUGGACAGAUGCCCUCUGACAAAACCAUCGGAAGUGGAGAUGAUUCCUUCAACACAUUCUUCAGUGAGACGGGAGCUGGCAAACAUGUCCCUAGAGCAGUCUUUGUGGAUCUGGAACCUACAGUAGUUGAUGAAGUUCGUUUAGGAACCUAUCGUCAGCUGUUUCAUCCAGAGCAGCUGAUUACUGGCAAGGAGGAUGCUGCAAACAACUACGCUCGUGGUCACUACACUAUAGGCAAGGAGCUCGUUGACCUGGUGCUUGACCGCAUCAGAAAACUUGCUGACCAGUGCUCUGGCCUUCAGGGAUUUCUGAUCUUCCACUCGUUUGGUGGAGGCACGGGGUCCGGGUUUACCUCCCUUCUCAUGGAGAGACUGAGCGUUGACUAUGGCAAGAAAUCCAAGUUGGAGUUUUCUGUCUAUCCUGCCCCACAGGUAUCCACAGCUGUAGUGGAACCCUACAACUCCAUCCUGACCACCCACACCACACUGGAACACUCCGACUGUGCCUUUAUGGUGGACAAUGAGGCCAUCUAUGACAUCUGCCGUCGCAACCUGGACAUUGAUCGGCCCUCAUACACCAAUCUCAAUCGCUUGAUAGGCCAGAUUGUCUCUUCCAUUACUGCCUCACUCAGAUUUGAUGGUGCCCUCAACGUCGAUCUCACAGAGUUCCAGACCAACUUAGUGCCCUAUCCACGGAUCCAUUUCCCCCUGGCCACCUACGCUCCAGUCAUUUCUGCUGAAAAAGCCUACCAUGAGCAGCUGACUGUGGCUGAGAUCACUACUGCUUGCUUUGAGCCAGCCAACCAGCUGGUCAAGUGUGACCCCAGGCACGGCAAGUACAUGGCCUGCUGUAUGUUAUAUCGUGGCGAUGUUGUACCCAAGGAUGUCAAUGCUGCCAUAGCAACCAUCAAGACCAAACGCACAAUUCAAUUUGUUGACUGGUGUCCAACUGGCUUCAAGGUAGGCAUCAACUACCAGCCCCCAACUGUAGUUCCUGGUGGUGACCUGGCCAAGGUGCAGCGGGCUGUCUGCAUGUUAAGUAACACCACAGCCAUUGCUGAAGCUUGGGCCAGGCUGGACCAUAAGUUCGAUCUCAUGUAUGCCAAGAGGGCCUUCGUGCACUGGUAUGUUGGGGAAGGAAUGGAGGAAGGAGAAUUCUCGGAAGCUCGUGAAGAUCUUGCUGCAUUAGAGAAGGACUACGAGGAGGUUGGUGUCGACUCGGCUGAACCUGAGACAGGUGGAGACGAAGGAGAAGAGUACUGA